AUUUUAUAGUAAUUUAUAUUUAAAAUUAAAAUGAAGAUAAACGCGUUAAAAUAACUAGAUUAAAGAAGAGUUUACAACGUGACGAAAACAAAAUGCUCCAUUUUUAUAAAUUUUUCUAUAGCGAGGCUGACACUUUAACAGACAUAAAUCACAAUUUUACAAUUUACAUUGGAGUUAUUUUUUCUUUUUUUGGAUUGUUAGGAAAUUUGGUAUCCGUUGCUAUUUGGAAAAGAAUCAAUCGUAAGAGGUGCAACGAUAGAAAAAGUGCUGGUGUAUAUUUAAUUACUUUAAACGUAACAGACUCUUGCUUAUUAGUUUUGUUUUUAAGCACUGAAGGAUUACAAACGCUCAUGCCAAAUAUUAUUUACGGUAGCUAUACCUUUUUCUAUACUCAUGUUGGAAUUCCAUUGUUUUAUUGGUAUUUUUGUUCAAGUGUAUGGAUAGUUGUUUUUCUAACAUUAAAUCGCCUUAUAGCUGUAUUGUUUCCUUUGCGUUCGAAACGCCUUAAUAGUCUUACAAACACCUACAUAAUCAUUUCUGUAGUUUUUUUCCUUUCACUUGUUUUGAAUAUACCUCGUUUUUAUAACUACCAAACAUUGUUUAUAAGUAAUAGUUCGGUUUAUGAAGUGUUCAAUCAAACACAAAUAAAAUCAUUUCACUCUUAUGAGUUUGGAGUGCACUGUAUGUUUUUAUUAUUUUCUCCUUUUUUAAUAAUAUCUGUUUUAAAUUCUUUAAUCAUUUAUAAACUAUGCCAAAAAAUAGGACCAAGAGAAAGGACAAAAAGAUUGCUUUUGUCUCAAGAAAAAAAAACAACAUUGAUACUAAUGACGGUCUCUAUAAACUUUUUGAUAUUUUUGAUGUGGCAAUGUGCUUCACAAUGUUUUUGGAUAAUCGAGUCAGAGAGCAAUGAUUUGAAUGGUAGUAAAACUUACGAUCUGUUUCAUCACUUUGGAAUAUUAGGCAUUGUGAUAAACUCUUCGAAUAAUUUUAUACUUUACUGUGUUUCUGGAAUGGAAUUUCGGAAAGAACUUUAUGCACUUUUUAAAAGACAGUUUAAAAGUAUUGACAAGAUCGGCAGCAACAACACGCUCAACAUUUUUCGUGAAAAAUUGAACACGAGCGAUCGAAUCUUAUCAAAGCCAUAGACUUUGUAUUUUUUUUUUUUAUAUGUUUUCGUAUAUUUUAUUUACUAUUGUUGUAAAUAAUUCUUCUUUUUUUAUGUUAGACCUUUCACGUAUUUUUAUGAAUAAGUUUAAACAUGUUGCCAGUUUUUGAACAUAGUUUUAAAAGCGGAAAACGAGAUUACUAUUUUAUUAAUAUAUUUUGCUGUUUAAAAAUAUAACAAUCACGAGAUAUAUUUUACAAUUUUUUACGAUCAUGGGAUCUUAUUUAUUUUUAACAGCAAAAUUAAAACACAGUAUCAAAUGA